AGCGGCCUUUUUUGGGAAUGGUGAUAAUGGAGAGUACAUGCUAUCUAAAAAGUUAUAAUUAACACAACAAGGGCUCCUAAAGCCUCUUGCCCUCUACACAGUCCCUUUACCAUUUGAGACCGCAUAUUUCUUGUUAGUGAAAGCAGGGACCUCUUCUCUGCUGCACAUUGAGUCUCUCCAUCAGCUAUCUUUCUCCACAGCUCCAUCUAAUCCUCAGAGUCACUGUUGCACACCCGAACGCUCCCUGCCAUGUCUGACAACGAGGAAGUGGUGGAGGAGUAUGAGGAGGAGGUGGAAGAAGAGGAGGCUGCUGAAGCAGGGGAGCAGGGGGUAGAGGAAGAAGUGAAGGAGCAGGAGGGGGAGGAGGAGGAAGAGGAAGAAGCCGUGCAAGAAGAGGACAAAACUGCUGUAGAUGAGGAGGCCAACGAAGAACAAGAUGGAGAAGGGGAAGCAGAGGAGGGAGAAGAGGAGGAGGCCAAACCAAAAUUCAAGCCAUUUAUCAUGCCCAACCUCAUCCCUCCUAAGAUACCAGAUGGAGAGAAAGUGGAUUUUGAUGAUAUACAUCGUAAAAGAAUGGAAAAGGACCUGAUGGAGCUUCAGACUUUGAUCGAGGUUCACUUUGAGAGCAGAAAGAAGGAAGAAGAUGAGCUCAUUAAUCUCAAGGAGAGGAUUGAGAAGCGCCGUUCUGAGCGAGCAGAGCAGCAGAGAAUCCGCAGUGACAGAGACAAAGAGCGACAGAAGCGUCUUGAGGAGGAGAGAGCUCGUAAGGAGGAGGAGGAGGCCAAGAGGAGAGCAGAGGAUGACGCUAAGAAGAAGAAAACCCUCACCAGCCUCCACUUUGGAGGCUACAUGCAGAAGUUGACAGAAAAAAGGAGUGGUAAGAGGCAGACUGAGAGAGAGAAGAAGAAGAAGAUCCUAAGUGAAAGACGCAAAUCUCUGGACAUCGAGAACUUGAGCCAGGAAAGACUCAAUGAGAAAGCUAAAGAGCUGUGGGAGUGGAUGUACCAGCUGGAGGCAGAGAAGUUUGAGCUGCAGUAUCAAUUGACCCAACAGAAAUAUGAGAUUAAUGUGCUGAGGAACCGUGUCAGCGACCAUCAGAAAACAUCCAAGAGGACCAAGAGAGGCCUGAGGAAAUAGAUGCUGACGUGCUGAGUGAACAGUGUAAGCAUAAGCCCCAUGAUGCAGCUACCACCUCAAACAAAGCCCUGGGUUUCCUGCCACACCCCAGUCCCACCUGUUCCCUAAUACCAUCACCUACAGUGCCAAUUAUAUCCAGUUUUCCAGCUCCAUCUCACUCUGUUGUUUUCCUUAUUCCCAUCCUUUAAAUUAGAUGCUCUGUGUUUAAGGUUGUAAAUAAAACAAUCUCAGUUCAA